AUGAGUACGAAUUCUGACUGUAGACCGGAUAAACACCCAUUGUUGGUGGAUUUCUUGCUGCAGUAUCCGAAAUGUGAUGAAGAUGUGGCAGAAAGAGCAUUUUUGGUGUAUCUAGAUUUGACAGAAGUGAAAGGCUGGUGGUCGACAGAAAUGACAUACAGUCCACAGCUGGACCGACCGUACAUUCUUGGACAGCACAAACGAUUUGUUCAGCGACAAGCCGUGCUUCCUGUGGGUGUUGAGGAAUGUGUCUCAUCACAGCAAAUGCGUCAGUUCUUCUCUCAUGUGCUUGUUGAUGAAGAGCCUAUUAAGAGUAUAACAUUGGCAGUGAGUGAACUGGACAGUACUGUGGUCUAUUACAAGCUGUCAUCCGGCCUGCUACCACCGGAGUCCCCAGACAUGGUCGUCACACAUCAGCGAGACAAGGAUGCCAGAAUUUUGCAGAAAAAACAGUUUAUUGCAGAGUGUGUCAAAAAAGCCAUGCAGAGGCAUGACAGCAACUAG